CUAACAACAAACUUGUGAUGGCAAGAAAUAAAAUAAAUCAAAUUUCUGAUGCUGACGAUGAAAAUAACUCAUUAGUUAGUGAAAGUAGUAAAACAAAACAAUCAUACCGACGCUCUGAAAAUAGUGACAAAGGGAGCAUCUGCUGGAAGUAUUUCCAACCAUUUAAAGUUCCGAAAGAUGGAGAGGUUGCAAAAUGCACUAUUGAUGGAUGUAAUGUGGAAUACAUAUGGCGUGGAUCCACUUCUAACCUUCUCCGCCAUCUUAAGAAUGUGCAUAGGAUAACACCCACAACAGCUAUUCAACCAUCAUUAACAAACGAUAAGGAAGUUCUAUCAGUAAUUAAAUUCAUUGUCUCCUCCGUAUCACCUUUUAACGUUGUUGAUUAUUUAAAGUUUUCUGAACUUGUUAAACAACCAAUCACUCCUGUCAUUAUAAAAGAAAAAAUAGAUAAAGUAAAGGAUCGCUUAUUCUCUGAAUUAAAGCCAAAAAUUCGACAAGCAAACUUUUUGUUACGCUCUCAGUCAGAAGAUUUAAUUAUAAACGGAUUACUUGGUGACUGCCUUGAUGCUUUAGAUGCGUGGAAAUUAACUAACUUGAAGUUUAUUAGUUUGAAUCUAAAUUACGAUUUUCUAUAUAAUUUGGAUUUUUAUGUGAGAGAUAGGAGAGAUAAGGACGAAGAUAUUAUUAUAUGCGUGAGCGGUGGUAAAGGGGAUGAUUUAAUAAGGUAUAGUUUAAAAAGGUGGGCUGAUAAAAAUUACCAUGAACAAGAAAUGUCUACUAUUAUAGCUGCUAUUACGAAUGCUAUUGACAAGUAUCAUUCAAUAGUAGAGUUUUUAGGGGAUAAUAGGAUGCAAAGAAUAAUGCAAAAUGUGAAAACAGUUAUUUGUAAUUGCAAUUAUCAUAAAAUAGAAUUUCUUACAUUAAUCGAGCAACCUGUCAAGCUAUUAAUUAAUCAUAGCAAUAACAAUGAUGAUUUUAUUAGAGUAAACAUCAACCACUUUUUAUUAGAUAAAUUACCAUUUGGCAUAUUUCCUAAAUUAUUGCAAUUGUUUAAACCUUUGGAACAUAUCGAAGUCGUUACUAUGAGAAAUCUUAGAGAUAUGUUAAUUAAUGCAUCUAAUAUUUUAAAUGAGGGCUUUCGGGAUGAUUUAGAUAAUACAUUUACUUUACAUGAUAUUCCCAAAAAUGAUUUAUAUGAGUUUUAUGAGUUUUUAAACGAUAUUUCGGAACAUGAGAUUCUCAAAUCGUUUUUAAGCUUUUUAAUUAAUUCGUAUCUGAAUCUUCAUCAGAGAGUGGGCUUGUUUUUAGAUCCGCAUUCGAAAUCAAUUUUCAUGAAUGAUGAGGUUAGAAAGCUUGUGCUAGAUGAAUGUCAAGGCUAUUAUUCAGAAAUCGCUGGAAUUAAUUCGACUAAAUUAUCAAAUGAUGAAAUUGAAUACUAUAUUAGUCAUUCACAAUUAAACUAUAAUGAAAAUGAUGAUCUUUGUAAAUGGUGGCAAAAAUACAAAAAUACAUAUCCUGGACUGGCAACUCUCGCAGUAAAGUAUUUGCUAUUAUUAAAAUUAGAUGACGAAAUCAUCUUAGAAAAUCUUGAUAAAUUUAUAAACGCUUAUCAGAACAACGAAGCAAUAGAUAAGAUAGCGUUUUUACAAUAUAAUAUGAA